CGCCGCUUUGGACAAGCAGAUCCACCAGUUCCUGCUGCUUCUGUCCCCGCACUUGCAGGCGCGAGCCUCCCAGGAGUGCCUGGAGGGACUGCUGCACCGGUACCACGUGCACAGGUGGAACGUGGACGACAUCAUGGCGGCGGUGUUGCCACACCAUGACUCGCCGCUCUUCACCAAACUGGUCCAGGGGCUCCAUGUUGAAAACAGACCCCGCUGGUCCUGGCUUUCGACGCUGAAGGCGAAGCCUGCCACCUUAGUGCGAUCUACCCUGGCAAAGUACUGCAGCAAGGACACUGCCGUGUUGUCCUUCGUGGGGGAAAUUGUGGAGGAGUCUUUGCAACUUCAGAAGGGCAACCGAGCCUUGAUGACCUUCUUCACCGCCAUUUGGCUAGACACGCUGGCGAUGGCGACUUCCGUGUCGGAGCUGGCACAGGUUGUGAUACCCACGCUGCUGCUCUUGCUGCGGCAGCCUCGCCAGCAAGAUGCCUUCCAUGCGGGAGUCACCAUCACAGCGGCGCUCUGCGCCAAGACUGAGUUGGAGGCCAGUGUGCAGGCGCAGCUCUUGGUGAGGGCAGCGCGGCAGGCGGUGGGCCCUGACGGUCAAGCCGCCUUCGCGCUCAUGGCAGCGAUGCUUCAGCUGCAGGCCAUCUCCACACUGCCCAGCAGCGUGUUGAAGGUCAUGAUCAAGAACGGCCCAGAGGAGCUUCUGCAGGCGAUGCCUCCCAAUGUCGAUGCCGGCAACCUGCUGGCUAUGGUUGUCGAGGCAGCGUUGAUGGAGCCGGACCAGGCCCUGGAGCUGGUGCAUGGCGUGCUGGACGCCACCCUGGACACCUACGCGCCGAAGCUGUGCCAAGCGGUGCUGCAGGCCUUCGUGGCGCGUGCCACGGGGAAAAGCGCCAAGGAAAGGAAGAAGAUUCUGAAGGCCUUCGAGGGCUCGCUGCGCCUGGCGGCGACUCGCGCGAUGGCGCUCCGGGAGGCCUUUGGCCAACUGGAGGAGUCCGAGGCGGCCAAGCUGCUAGCUCCCAGCAUCCCCAGCGUGGAGGAUCUCCCGAAGCCGAAGCCGAAGCCGAAGCCCAAGGCCAUGGCCACAGCUCCCAAGGAAGACUCGGAGGAGGAGCCAGUGGUUAAGCCCAAGGUCAAGGCGAAGAUGUCGGUGCCUGUGGAGGUUCCAGACGCAGCUGCCGUGCAGCAGCUUCUGAAAAGCAGCGAGCUGCGCAGCAAGGACCAGGAGAAGCGCAAGGCAGCGGCGGAGCUCAUCUGCGAACAGGUUGCCAGCCUCCAGCCGGGGCCUGGCGCUGUGGAGCUGCUGGGGGAGCUGGCAGAGACCUGCAAGGAGGCCGGCAAGAGGGCGCUCAAGGACCAAGAUAGAGGUGCUGUUGAGCCCUUGCUGCUGGCAGUGGCAGCGCUCAGCGAGCAGCUGGCAAAGGAUUUCCAGGAUGGCAAAGCUGAUGUGGGCAGCAUCGUGCCGGCAGUGUGCGAGGCCAUUGACGAGGCGUCGCAGGGCAAAAGCCUCGCUCCGGUGCUGCGGUGCUGCGGUGCGCUGGCGCUGGUGGCUCCUGCCGGAGAGCCGCCAGCGCCGCUGUCCACCGCACAGAAAGCUUUGCGGCUUCAUGCCAAGCGCCUGCGUCCAAACCUGAUGACGCUUCUGAAAGGCAACAUUCGAAGGCUGUGGAGGAAUCCCGGGGGCGACGAGGAGACUUGGCCGUUUCUCGCCCAGGUGCGCCUGCGGGGCUUGCUGCAAACCGUCUUCGAACUCGUCGAGGUGAACGCCUCCAGCUGCUUGGCCUUGGCGCAGAGUUCCGGCAUUAGGGCAUCUGCGGACUUCACCAUUCUCUUGCUUCUGGUGCACAAGGCCAGACAACCGCAGGUGCCCCCAAAGAAGAGGCGAAAGACAAAGCGCCGGACGCCGGAAGCAGAAGAGGUGGAAGAGGAACUCGAGGCCUUGACCGCACCCAGCUCUGAGGACGUGGCGGUAGAGGAGGCCUUGGAAGUCCUCACCUCCGUGGAUCCAGGAAGCAGGUAUCAUGCCUUCAGCAUGCUGCUUCUGACGUUGUCGGCGCUAUCAUCAAAGAUGAUCGGCUCAGAGCUUUCCUGGAGCGUUUUACUGCCGGAGAUGGAGGAUUUGGGCGAUGAUGAGCGCUUCAGAGUUCUCGGCCAAGGCUUCAGCGUUGCCAGCCGCUUCUUGUCAGAGCACGGUUUGCCUGACGACUUAGACCAGGGCGAGGCGGAGACGGCGGCCUUCAUGGAGAUUGCUGCGGAGGGUUCCGAGGACCUGAGCGGCGUGGUGGCCGCACUUUGCCAUGGCGCUCGCGCGCUAAGCAUCGCGGAGGCUGCCUUGACUCGCUCGCCCGGGGGCCCACAGCAGGCGGAGUGCCGGCGCAGGGCCAGCGCCCUUCGGGGCCUACUGAUGAGGUCACUGGCCGUGAAUCACCCGCUGACCUUCUUUCGAGCCCUCUGCUUGUCGCUGGGUGUGAAGGGCAAGGCCCCAAAGAAUGAGGGCUUGCUGGAGGACGAGGACUUCUCUCUGCAUCUCUCUAGCUCCAUCAUGGGAUCUGCAGCGGCAGCUUUGAAGGACCGGCGGGAGCUACGAAAAGAGGGCUCAGAGGGCGCAGAGGCAGAGGAGGAUGACGAGGGCCCUGGCGCUCAGAGCGCCCCGCUGUGUCAACUGGUGAUCCAGCACGUGAGCAAGCGAUUCUUGUCAGGUGAUGCAGUGCCAACGGCCUGGCGCCUCCUGGACGACAUUUGUCGCUUCUCUCGCAGCCAUGUGGCGGGGCCCUUGGUGAAAUUGCUGCCGAAGGCCGGCAGCUUCUUGGCGCAAAAGCCUGAUGCAGGGGUGGCUUGCUGUCAGUGCGUGGAGACGAUCGUGACCUGCCUGGGCCGCGGUAUGUUGAGCAAGCUGAACGACAUUGUGCCGCCACUGCUGGACUUGGCCCAGGACGCGGACGGUGGCGCUCUGGAGAACCAGGUGCUGCUGGUGCUGAAUGCGUUGGCCAACUCGGUGGGCUCUUUCCUUUCGCCCUUCCUGGGGCGCUUUUUGGAGGUGGUCUCCACGCCUGCUCCCUUGAAGCGUACCAAGUCGCUUCAGGACCUGGCGCAGCAGAUGGUUUCAGGAGUGCCUCAGCGUUUGCUGCUCCAAGCGGUGCAGGUGGCCACAGUCGACCCAUUUCAGGGGGGCGACUUGGACGAUGGGCUCCUCCGGACUCAGAGGCUCGCCACCUUCUUCAUUUGGAUCCUUUCCAAGGCCACCCCCGAGUUCGUGGCUGCCCAGGACUCGAUGCCCUCCCUACUCCGGCUGCUGGGCGUCUCCAGCAGCGCCGUGAAGGCCUUUUUGGCCAACGGAGGGCAGCCAGAAGAGAUCACGGAGAGGCUGCGAUGCAAUGCGAGUCUGAGCCCGACCGGCUCUCAGGAGCUCUCCUGGGCCAAGAUGGGCAGCGCCUCACUACCGCAGCUGCAUGCUCUGGCGGCAGCGGCCUUCUCGCAGUACGCCCUGCGUCUGGAGCUGGACGAGCUGAAGCGGCGCUUCGCCAAGGUCCUGGACUGGGCCCGCGGCAAGCAGGAGCGGCUACUGAGGUCGUCUGGCUCUGAGGAAGCCUGCCGCGCCCUGGCGCUGCUGGCCGUGAUGACCUCGCUGGCCACGGAGGCCCCGGGCCUGGCGGAGGAGCAGCUUCUGCCCCUGGCGGCCAAGGAUGUGUCCUCGGCUCUUGAAGCUUGCCAUCGCCUUGCGCGGCAGCUGGUGAAGGAGAAGGCUCCGAAGAAGCGCAAGGGCGAGGGCCGGCGGCAAGUUAAGGUGCUUCAUACGCACACGUGGUGGUGGUACGACGUCGCUUGCAGCUCUGCAGACUUUGUUGCCCGGGCCUGCAAGCCUCCAGGAGGCAGAUACACAGAAUCCAAAUCCUUGGAGGACGCCGUGGAGGAGCUGCGAGAUGCCACAGCUGCGCUGCUGGAUCUCUUUGAGUUCUUGCCCGAGGAGACGGCGGGGGGCCUGCUGAGAGCUCUGCAGCCGGCGCUGGUGUCCCUGGCCGCGGCAGCGGCCGGGGACGCCGUGAAGCGCCUCAUGCAGGCGGUGCUGGAGAAGACCCGCUCUGAGGAUGCCGAGGUGCGACUCAACGCCGUCAAGUGUGCCCACCGCAUUUGGAGCGACCUUGGUGUUCAGGUGGUGUCUUGCCUCUCCGAAGUGGUCAUGUAUGCUGCUGAGCUGCUGGACGACGAGGAUGCACGUGUGGAGUCAGCUGUGCGGGCAAUGGUGAAGACCAUCGAGGACUGCACGGGUGAAAGCUUGCAUGAAGCUUUGCAGACGUAGGUCGGAGUGUCAGGUGCGUUACUCACGCUCCGGAAUGUACAAAGUUACAUUGUUUUGUGUCACAAAGCGCGGGGACGCUAAGACGGUGCGUACGGCCAAGCGCCGCUGUCCCAUGCAGCUCGUGGUACCGACACAAGUGGUGGAAGAGACAAAAUCAGGGACGGACAGG